GUGGUGAUGCCGUGGUUCUGAGAAGAAGAGAAGAUUUCCUUCUUUGUCUCCGACUGGCCAAGAACAAAUAAAAGAUACAAAGCGACCAAACUCAAUUGGUCCGCAUCGCUUACACGCCUUGUCCUUUCACCUCACUCUUUCACCUUCUCUCGUACCUCACUGCGAGCUCAUUCCCUUCUAUAACAUACACAUUGCCCAUCAUGAGCCACGAAUUUGGUCCCUUCGACGACGUGCCCUCAUCGAACCUGGAGCGGACUGCACGUUGGGUUGAAGCUCAAGCGCGGCAGACAUACGACGACUCACCUUCAUCCCCCUCUUCUUCCACAAAACAACCUUCGUCAAAUCGAACAACGACCUCUUCAGAUCAAUCCAUGCUUCACAGAGCGAUACCCCUACCUUCUCCUCUGCAGUUGCCACCCACACAGUCACCACAGAUGCAAGCCCAGAGGUCUCGAGGUCGUAAAGCAUCGAUAGAUAUUAGAACGCCACUGCCAUUCCCACAGAGCCCGCCUGGUUCCGGGUACCCUGUGAUGCUUGACGUUGAUCCUCCCCGAGCAGUUGCUGGACUUGAAAGAACUCGAAGCCACAGCCAGAAUCAAAGCAAGCAGGGUUCUAUUCCUAGACCGACAUAUGCGAAGAAGAGGAGACCUUCGUUGUUGGGACAGAUUAUCGCGCUUGGCACACCAAGCUCAACACGGAAACGAGAUGAUAGUGAGAAAUGAGGGUUCUAGUGUCAUCGCGUAUUUUAUUACGUUUGGGAGGUAUCUAUGGCAUUGCUGCAUUUCACUCACUAGCGUCGAGAUCGGAAUAUUUGUUGACGGUAUUAUAUUCGAUGGACGUCCUAUCGGAGCUUAUGCGGCUCAAGACACUUUUUUAUUGAUUAUUAUGGUUCGCGACGUCCCACUUUGCAUUCGACAUCGUAUAGGUUACGUGCAACAAAAAUCGAUAAUACUUCAGCCAUGGAUCACGAGGGAACAACAUAUCAAUCGUCCUCUUCCCGCACACCACGGACAACU